AUGACGCUUUGUCCACCUGACCUUUAUAGUACCAAGGCUGAAAUAUUGCUAGUUAAGAAACAUGGGAAUGGAGGAGAUAUCAAGAAAUAUUACCAUUCAGGUCAACUGAAACACGCUUACAAAGUCGUUAUCGCCGGCAACCAUGAGUGCACUUUUGACGACACAUUCCUGCGGUCAUCAAAUCGAGAAGUUGAGGCUAAGGAAAUAGCUCUCAAGCAAGCUCUGCAAGCGUCGCUGUCAUCAUCAAAGGUCACUUCACCUAAAUCUUUGCUUACUAAUGGUAUCUACCUCGAAGACUCUGUUAUCGAAUUGUUUGGAAUCAUUAUUUACGGCACGCCAUGGCAGCCACGAGUUGACAACUGGGCAUUCAACUUAUCCAGAGGACAAGCGUUACUUGACAAGUGGAACAACAUUCCUGCAGGAGUUGAUGUGCUUUUGACGCACUCCCCUCCGCUUGGUGAGUAA